AUGGAUACCGAUACCAUCCCCGUUUCGGGCGUAGACGAGCUGGACAAGCACCUCGACGAGCUCAUUGCCGACCCAACGCUGCCACCAAUCGUGAAGCUCUUUGACGACGUUGAACUGCAGCUCACAGGCAAGUAUAAUUCAAAUACUCUAUACACAUCUGGAGGUUGGCAUACUGACUUUCCUGCCCUCGAAGAUGCGAACAUUCUGCCCCUCAUUCCGAGACUCCUGCCAAAGAUCACCGAGAUACUGCAGCAGUACCAACAAGACCCGGCUAUCCUCUGCAGCCUUGCGAUCAAGCUCCUCGGUCCUCUCAACUUCACCCAGAUCCUCUCCCUCGCUUCCGAAAAUGCCAUCAUACAAGCUAUGCGCUCUCCCGCCCCCUCAGCCAACAUCCUUGCCAUGACCGUCCUCGAGAAGGCCGCCAAAUCACCAAGCGAAGCUGCCAUCUUGGCCGCCAUGAAGAACGUCGUCACCCACUUCCUGACCCAGUGGCUGAGCGCACCCCAAGUCGAAGUCGGGGAGAAGGGAUCCAAGGUCCUCGGCGAUCUCUUGGACGUUGACUGUGAUACACGGCCGCCUGACGGUGUAGCCGUGAGUGGGGUAGAGAUCGCGGUACGAAGACCUGCUGGACAGGGUUUCAUGUGGCGGAGGGUCUUCCAUGACCGUGAUGUCUACUGUCUGCUCCUGUCGCUUUGCAGCACCGGCUCGCACCAGGCUGCAGAAGGGGGCCAGACUGACCAGCAAGUCUCUCUAGCUCAGGGCCGCCUGCUCCGGAUCCUGCCGCGUCUAGCAGCCCUGAACUUUGCCGCUUUGACACGAACUGACUUUCCCGAACUCAACCAACGCUACGCCAACUUUGAGGGCAACGGCGGACUUUUGCAUUUUGCUGCCCUGCACAUGAUCGACGAGGAGGAUCCAUUGAUGCACCUCACCCUUGUGGACUUCUUCGAAGCGCUGCUGAGUAUCCAACGGGUCACACCCUUCUCCACCUACAAGAUGGACACUCUCAAGAAACUUAUCAGGGACGCAACUACCCGAGAUUCUGCCUUGAAGACGGCAAUCACAAGCCUACCAGAACGAACGAUACCCGAGGAGGCUGAUGAUCUGAGACAAUUCAUCAGAGAAGUUAUGGCGCCAUAA